AGACAGAAGAAGAUCUCUCCCACCAACCAAUUUCUGGUUCUGCUAUGAUGGAUCUUCUUCUCCAAUAUUUUGGUUAUGUAGCACUAUUAGCCGUCGCAGUGUUGUUUUUAUACAAUAAACUCAAAGGGUCUAGACAAAGUGGCAGAGCUGCACCCGAAGCUGGGGGUGCAUGGCCAAUAAUUGGUCACCUCCCGCUGUUAGGGGGACCAGAGCAACCUCACGCGACAUUGGCAGCCAUGGCUGAUAAACAUGGCCCUGUCUUCAUGAUCCGGUUAGGUGUCCAUCAAGCGGCGGUGGUGAGUUCGAGAGACAUAGCCAAGGAAAUAUUUACCGUCAAUGAUAUGGCUGUGUCCUCUCGUUCCAAAAUGGCAGCAGCAGAACACAUGGGAUACAACUAUGCCAUGUUUGGGUUUUCUCCUUAUGGACAGUUCUGGCGCGAAAUGCGCAAAAUAACCAUGUUGGAGCUGCUAUCAAAUCACAGGAUCGAGAAACUCAGGAAUGUUUUCGUCUCGGAAAUAGAAGGCUCAAUGAAAGAUUUAUACAAGUUUUGGCUUGAGGAAAAGAAUGAUUCGGGCCAUGUCUUCGUUGAGAUGAAGAAACGGUUUGGGGACUUGACUCUGAACGUUAUUCUUAGGAUGGUUGCUGGGAAGAGGUACACUGGCGGUGCUAAGGAAGAUGAGAAAGUGGUGGCACGAUACCGCAAGGCCUUAAGGGAUUUCUUUCACUUGACAGGUAUGUUCGUGAUGGGAGAUGCAGUUCCUUAUCUCCGAUGGCUUGAUCUAGGCGGCCAUGAAAAGCACAUGAAGAAGACUGCAAAAGAGUUGGACGAAAUCGUUGGGGGAUGGUUGGAUGACCAUAGGAGGAGUGGACGUUGGGAUGAAACUAAAACCGACAAGGAUUUCAUGGAUGUGAUGCAGUCUGUCCUUAAAGGUUCAGACCUUGCAGGUUAUGAUGCUGAUACCAUCAACAAAGCCACUUCCUUGAACAUGAUUCUAGCAGGCAGUGACACUACAACAGUUACCUUAAUAUGGGCCCUCUCGCUGCUGCUAAACAAUCCUCACUUGUUAAAAAAGGCUCAAGAAGAACUAGACACCCAUGUUGGCAAGGAAAGAUUCGUGGAUGAAUCAGAUAUCAGCAAAUUGGUCUACAUCCAAGCCAUAAUCAAAGAGACAUUGAGAAUGUAUCCUCCCGCACCUCUUUCAGCACCCCGUGAACUCAGUGAAUGCUGCCGUGUCGGCGGCUAUGAUAUCCCCGAAGGCACUCGGCUGAUCGUGAACCUCCAUAAGAUCCAAAGAGACCCUAAAAUAUGGCCAGAGCCAUCGGAAUUCAGGCCGGAGAGGUUUCUCACCACCCACAAAGACGUGGAUGUUAGGGGCCAGCAUUUCGAACUGAUGCCAUUUGGUAGCGGUAGAAGAAGCUGCCCUGGAACAUCUUUCGCUCUCCAGAUGCUGCACUUGACACUGUCUAACUUCUUACACGCCUUCAAUUUCUCCAACCCAGCCAAUGGUUUGAUUGACUUGAGCGGCACAGCUGGAUUGACCAACAUGAAAUCUACCCCACUCGAAGCACUUGUCUCACCACGCCUUGCCCCUGAGCUUUAUACACAAUAAAUCCUGCGUGAAGAUUGCAUGAAUAAAGGGCGAACAAGGACAAGAGAUCGGCAUUUUGCUCCGAUGUUAUAGUAGAUAACAGCCAUCAUUGGUUUUACUCAUAAGAAUACUUUAGUUGGUUUACUUAUAUACAGUUGGGUUUUUUUUUUUUUGCUCAGCAUACAGUUGGUAUUUGCCUCUGUUAUAGUAGAUACAGCCAUCAAUAAAGCAAGUGUUUUACUUUCAA